GCCACUUUUUGGACGGGCCCUUUUUGUAAAACUACCUAGCUUUUGACAAAAUUCUUUAUGAUUGUUUCUGUUUUCACUUGUUAAAAAUAUUUUUCACAUGCUUUCCAUGGUCUCAUUAGGCGCAUGAUAUUAAGAUCAAGCAGCAUUAGAUAAAAGGCUAUAGAAUUAGACCAAAAUACUUAGCCAUUGUCAUGAAAUCUGAAUGUUAAUCUUAAAAAGUUUGGAUUACAAAUAAGAAAUCCUUGAAAACCAGCCCUAUGAUGAGCGUUAUAUCUGCCCAUCUUUGAGCAAAUAGUUUAAUUCAGUGUGACAAAUGGAGUUAACUACAGAUUUUUUUUCUGUUGACAUCCAAAUGAUUAGGCAGUUUCUCCAUUUUACUCUAAUUCAGUGAAGGGACAAAUAGAAAUGUGUAAAACAUGAAAAGUUAGAACUUUGUAUAGAGCUAUCUAAUUCCAAAAUAACAAAUUUGAAACUUGAAAAGACCAUAGAAAGGUAGAAGUUGCUCAUCAUAUCUGUUUUGAAGAGAUCUCACUGCAAGUCAAUUUGUUUUUCUGAACUUUGAGACAUAGUGUUUUAGCUUAUGGCUUUUGUAGUCUAUUUUGGCAUUAUUUCUUCCUCUUUUUUUUCUUGUUAAUUUCCUAAGGGAAAAAAUUUCCCUUAUAGGACUAACAAUAUAUCUUUAUGGUCAAACUUCUGAUAGCAAACUUUUUGUAAAACGAGGAUGUGCUUCUUUACUUGAUAAAUCUGUUGAUAGAAGUCCUCUUAAGGAGUGUAUGGACCAAACAAAGCAUUCUAAUGUACAUAUGGGGUGCUAUGUAGGUACUUGCGGCAAUGGACUUUUUGGCAAACACGAUUUUCACACUCUUGGACAAUCUCUGCAAUCACGAUCAGAAUUUGGUUAUCCUGAAGAGAAAAUUGGUUGUCCUAAAUGCCGUGAAGGAAGACAAUGAAUCAAAAAAGAGUGUAGAGCUGCAACCAAGAAAGAAACUCAAGAAAGAAGUUGAGAUUUGGUUUCAAAAUGUUGAACGGAUCAAUGGUGAAAUACUUAAUGAUCUUGAAAACGAAGUUAGAGGAAGCAGUCUUCUCUCACGUGGAUUCCUUGGAGAAAAAGUUUUAAAAAGGAUACAAGAAGUUGAAGAACUUCUUCAACAAGGAAAGAGUUAUGAUGGUUUGGUUAUUGACGAUCCUCAAUGGAUUGGACAGGUUUUGUCGACAAGCAACUUAUGUGGAGAAGUUGCAGAGAACCUUAAGAAAGAAAUUUUGGCAUAUUUGAUGGAUGAUGAUGUUUCGAAGAUUGGAGUUUGGGGAAUGGGAGGAGUGGGUAAAACAACCAUCAUGAAGCAUAUUAACAACCAACUUUUAAAAGAAAAUGAGAGGUUCAAGUUCAACCCUUUGAUAUGGGUCACUGUAUCAAAAGAGACGAACAUUGCCAAAUUACAAAAUGACAUUGCAAGUGCAAUGAAUGUAUCUCUUUCUAAUGAUGAUGAAACAAGAAGAUCAGGGGAGCUAUAUGAAAUGUUGGCUCGAAAAGGCAAGUAUGUGUUAAUCUUGGAUGAUCUAUGGGACAAUUUAUCUCUUGAAGAAGUUGGAAUCCCUGAGCCUUCUGCUGGGAGUAAGUUAGUGAUAACAACCCGGUUGAGGCACAUUUGUCACUAUUUGAAUUGUCAAGUAGUUAGAAUGCCUACUCUUCCAAUACAAGAUGCACGAAGCUUGUUCUUGCAAAAAGUAGGUCAAGAUAUUUUGGACCAUCCAAAUAUAUUGUCCAUUGUGGAAUCUGUUGUUGAGCAAUGUGCUGGUUUGCCUUUGGCUAUUGUUACAGUAGCAAGCAGUAUGAAGGGCGUACUUAACAUUCAUGAAUGGAGGAAUGCACUCAAUGAAUUGAAUAGACAUGCAAAAAGUGUAAACAAGUCAGAUGAGAAGGUAUUGCAACAACUCCAAUUCAGCUACGACCGUUUAGAAGAUGAAACAUUCAAGCAAUGCUUCCUCUGUUGUGCAUUAUAUCCUGAAGAUUCUGAAAUCUGUACAAAUAAGCUGAUAGAACUUUGGACUGCUGAGGGGAUUGUGGAAGAACUGGAUAGCAUGCAAGAAGAGACUGACAGAGGGCAUACCAUUUUAAAUAAACUCAUUAACAAUUGCUUGCUAGAAAAUAUUGUGAAAUCUAGUGGAACUUUUGUGAAGCUACAUGACCUUGUGAGGGACAUGGCAUUAUGCAUCACGAGUUUAAAACCGAGAUUCUUGGUAAGAGCAGGCAUGCAAUUGAAAGAGAUACCAGAUUUGCUAGAAUGGGCUGAAGAUCUAGACAAGGUUUCACUGAUGAAGAAUUCGGGAAUACAAAUUCCACCAGAAAUGCUGCCACCAAAAUGUCAUAUGCUCACAACCUUAUUGCUGCCUUCGUCCUAUAUAACGAGUAUUCCAGAGAGUUUCUUUGAGCAAAUGCACGGACUCAAGAUUCUUGAUCUUUCUUUGAAUCCUAUUAAAAGCCUGCCAAAUUCCAUCUCUGAUUUGGAAACCCUCAUUUCAUUGUUGCUCUUCAAAUGUGUAUUUUUAGAGGAUAUGCCAUCUUUCUCGAAACUUCUAGCUUUGAAGAAGUUGAACCUUGAAGGAACAAAAAUAAAGAAUCUCCCUCAUGGGAUGGAAAGGUUGGUAAAUCUCAAAUAUCUUAAUUUGAGUGACACGGGUAUAUCAAAGGUACCGGAUGGAAUAUUAUCAAAGUUCUCACGCCUUCAGCACUUUGUGGGACAUAAACGUUUUGAAAGAAGUCAAACAUUCGCCAGAGCUGAUGAGAUAGGCCGACUAAGAAAGUUGGAAAUUUUCGAAGGGAGGUUUUACGACUUGAAGGAGCUGAGCAGUUAUGUUCAAGCUUUGCAUGGACAAACACACGGGCCUCGUGAAUACUACAUUUGUGUUGGUGGUAAAUUAUUAACCUGUGAUUUCAAUUAUAAAAAAUGCAUUGAAUUAAAUCGUUGUCAGAUCUACAGAAAUGGUGCUAAGCUUCCCUCCAAUAUUCAACAAUUGAGUAUUAAUUGCUGCAUUGCUUUGUUUUGUGAAGAACAACCAGUUUUCUCAUGGUUUAUCCCAGUGCCAUAUGGUCCUUUUUCGGGUCUUAAAGAGAUUAAUAUAAGUGAUUGUAAAAGAAUAAAGAAGUUGUUCUCUUCUGACUGUGUACUGCAAAAUCUCCAAAAUUUGGUACAGUUAUAUGUUUCAUAUUGUAAGGAAAUGAAGGAAAUAAUAGCAUCAGAGUCAGAAUUGGAGGAAGAAGGAACUGAUAGCAGCAAUAGUAUCAAACUUGCUCUUCCCAAGUUAAGGAAAUUGUUAUUGUGUGAACUACCAAAAUUGAAGAGCAUUUGUGGUGCAAAUGGAGCAUUGGUUUGUGAUUCUGUUGAACGAGUUCAGAUAUACUAUUGUCCAAAAUUAAAGAGGAUCCCUCUAUAUCUUCCCCUGCUUGAAGAUGACCGACCAUCUCCUCCACCUUCUCUCCAAAAAAUCCAGAUAGGACAAGAAUUGUGGGAAAACAUGGAGUGGGACCAUUCCUAUGCCAUAUCUCUAUUGGAUCCAUUCGUGGAGUACUAUGAUAAGGUGCAAUGAAAGUGGAUUCCUGCACGUUCAGAUGCCUGAUAUCAAUUAAAUUAUCUGGUUAAAUGCCGGAUGAUAACGGUAUACAAUUCAAUCCCACGUUUAUUUCUACCUAUGUUACUUAACAAUGACCUCUGUUUUAAAGCACCUUAAUGAAAGAUUUUUCUUUUCAGAAAAUUAAUCAUCAGGUGUUUUGUGGCAAUUCCUGAUAGUCUUAGGCUAAGUAACACGAUUACACAAGUUACUCUG